CACUUCCGGGCGCGGAUCCAGGUGAGCCAAGGUCUCCCGAGAACCCUCUACUGCCGUCACCCCUAGUACAGGUGCCUCAGCUUGCUGCCGGGCUGCCCCGCACCGGAAUGCGCGUGCCCACGUGUUGGCCGGGUCCCCACCGGAGGAGACAGAGCCGCCCGGACUGCUGGACCCCAGCUUAGGUCCACAGGCUCUGUACUGUACCGGGGUUCCCGGGGACGCCGUUCCGAGUUUUCUGUAGAUCCUGGCCGCCCGGAAGCGGAGCGUGACUCCUCCCCCUCGUCUCCUCGGUCCCCGCCAGGCGGCGCCGUUCACUCAAUCCGGUGUCUGUUACCACCCUAGGAAUGUUGAGUUAGUUAGUCCGCAGGGAUUAUUCAUUGAAAUGAACUGACAGAGAACCAUCCACCUACCAACUGGAAUAGUCUUCCUUCUAGACUGUGGUUUGACAGCAUUAAGUCUCCUGGUUGUAUAUGCACAGGAUUCUGUGCUCACGCCAAGAGCCUGAAUCAGUAGGUGUAGCGUCGGCUCCAGGUUGAGAUCAGUCUCAGCAUCUCCCCCUCAGAUGGUGUGACUGGUAGAAACGGCUGGAAUGAGUUGGCUAUGAGUUGUUCACAUCCUGAAGUUUAUAGCAGAUGCAGAAGGUCCCCGUGCUCCUCUUCUUAGCCUGGGUCUGUUUUCUUUUUUAUGCUGGCAUUGCACUCUUCACCAGUGGCUUCCUUCUCACCCGUUUGGAGCUCACCAACCAAAGCAGCUGCCAAGAGCCCCCAGGCCCUGGUUCCCCGCCAUGGGGGAGCCAAGGAAAGCCUGGGGCCUGCUGGAUGCCUUCCCGGUUCUCCAGGGUUGUGUUGGUGCUGAUAGAUGCUCUGCGAUUUGACUUUGCCCAGCCCCAGCGCUCAUAUGUACCUGGGGAACCUGCUGUCUCCGUGCCUUUUCUGGGAAAAUUGGGCUCCUUGCAGAGGAUCCUAGAGACUCAACCCCACCAUGCCCGGCUAUACCAAUCUCAGGUGGAUCCCCCCACGACCACCAUGCAGCGUCUCAAGGCUCUCACCACCGGCUCACUGCCUACUUUUGUUGAUGCUGGCAGUAACUUUGCCAGCCAUGCUAUAGUGGAAGAUAAUCUCAUUAAGCAGCUCACCAGUGCAGGAAGGCGUAUAGUUUUCAUGGGAGAUGACACCUGGAAAGACCUUUUCCCUGGAGCUUUUUCCCAAGCUUUCUUCUUCUCAUCCUUCAACGUGAGAGACCUGCACACGGUGGAUAAUGGCAUCCUAGAACACCUCUAUCCUACCAUGGACAGCGGCGAAUGGGAUGUGCUGAUUGCUCACUUCCUGGGCGUGGAUCAUUGUGGUCACAAGCAUGGCCCUCACCACCCUGAAAUGGCCAAGAAACUUAGCCAGAUGGACCAGGUGAUCCAGGGACUCAUCGAACGUCUGGAGAAUGACACGCUGCUGGUGGUAGCUGGUGACCACGGGAUGACUAUGAAUGGGGACCAUGGAGGGGACAGUGAGCUGGAGGUCUCGGCUGCACUGUUCCUGUACAGCCCCACAGCCCUCUUCCCUACUGCCCCACCAGAGGAGCCAGAGGUUAUCCCUCAAGUCAGCCUUGUGCCCACACUGGCGCUGCUGCUAGGCCUGCCCAUCCCAUUUGGGAACAUUGGGGAAGUGAUGACUGAGCUGUUCUCAGGUGGCCAUGGCUCCCAUCCUCAGGCCUCUGCUCUAGCCCAAGUCUCAGCUCUCCAUAUCAAUGCCCAGCAGGUGUCCCGAUUUCUUCAUGCUUACUCAGCUGCUACUCAGGAUCUCCAGGUUAAAGAGCUCCAUCAGCUGCAGAAACUCUUCUCCAAGGCCUCUGCUAGCUACCAACAGCUUCUGCAGAAUCCCCAAGAGGCUGGGGCCUCCCUAAGGACGUUGACUGCUGAGUUGCAGCAGUUCCUGCGGGGAGCUCGGGCCAUAUGCCUCGAGUCUUGGGCCCGUUUCUCUCUGGUCCGAAUGGCAGGGGGUGCUGCUCUCCUGGCUGCCGCCUGCUUCCUCUGCCUGCUUGCAUCUCAGCUGGCAGUGUCCCCAGGCUUUCCCUUCCGCCCAUUACUCCUGACACCUGUAGCCUGGGGCCUAACUUGGGCCAUGCUCUAUGCUGGACUCUCGGUAACUACAGGAUCCAAAGUGGAUUCCGUGGUUCUGGGGGCUGUAGCUGCAGCAGGCUCACUCCCCCCUUUCCUGUGGAAAGUUUGGGCUAACUGGGGAUCCACCAGGCCCCUGGUGCCCCUACUUCCUGCCCCUCUACCUGUCCUGUUACUCCUGCUCACUCGCCUGGCCACCUUCUUCUCUGAUAGCUUUGUUGUUGCUGAGGCCAGGGCCACUCCCUUCCUUUUGUGCUCUCUCAUCCUAUUCCUGGUUGCCCAUCUUCACUGGGAGGACCAGCUGCUGCAGCCUAAACUGCUUACCGUACCCCGCCUUGGCUCGUCUGCACCAACAGGCCCCCCGAGGCACAGUGGCACAUACGCCCUGAGGCUUGGAAUUGGGUUGCUUUUAUGCACAAGGCUCUCUGGGCUUUUUCAUCGCUGCCCUGAAGAGACACCUGCUUGCCACUCCUCUCCCUGGCUGAGCCCUUUGGCAUCUAUGGUGGGCGGUCAAGCCAAGAAUCUGUGGUACGGAGCUUGUGUGGGGGCACUGGUGGCUCUGUUAGUUGUUGUGCGCCUAUGGCUUCGCCGCUAUGGUAAUCUCAAGAGUCCUGAGCCCCCCGUGCUCUUCGUGCGCUGGGGGUUGCCUCUCAUGGUGUUAGGCACGGCUGCCUACUGGGCAUUGGCAUCUGGGGCAGAUGAGGCACCACCACGUCUCCGGGCCCUGGUUGCUGGGGCCUCAGUUAUGCUGCCUCGGGCUGUGAUGGGGCUAGCUGCCUCGGGGCUCAUGCUGCUGCUGUGGAGGCCUGUGACAGUGCUGGUGAAGGCCGGGGCUGGGGCUUCAAGGACCAGGACUAUCCUCACUCCCUUCUCAGGUCCCCCUACUUCUCAGGCUGACCUAGAUUAUGUGGUCCCACAAAUCUACCGCCACAUGCAGGAAGAGUUCCAGGGCCGGCUAGAGAGGACCAGAACACAGGGUCCUGUUACUGUGGCUGCAUAUCAGCUGGGAAGUGUCUACUCGGCUGCUAUGGUUACAGCCCUCAUCCUCUUGGCUUUCCCACUUCUGCUGUUGCAUGUAGAGCGUGUCAGCCUUGUGUUCCUGCUCCUGUUUCUGCAGAGCUUCCUUCUCCUGCAUCUGCUUGCUGCCGGGACAUCAGUCACCACCACAGGUCCCUUUGUUGUGCUGUGGCAGGCAGUCUCAGCUUGGGCCCUUUUGGCCAACCAGACCUUCUACUCCACGGGCCACCAGCCUGUCUUUUCCGCCAUCCAUUGGCAUGCAGCCUUCGUGGGAUUCCCAGACGGCCAUGACUCCUCUACGUGGCUGCCUGCUCUCCUCGUGGGAGCUAACACCUUUGCCUCCCACAUCCUCUUUGCAGUAGGUUGCCCGCUGCUCCUGCUCUGGCCCUUCCUGUGCGAGAGUCAAGGGCCAAGGAAGAGGCAGCAGCUCCCAGGUUGUGAAGCUGAGGCCAGAGCCAGGCCUGAGGAGGAGCGAGAGGAGCCGCUGAUGGAAAUGCGCCUCCGGGAUGCCCCGCACCACUUCAACGCAGCCCUGUUGCAGCUGGGCCUCAAGUACCUCUUUGUCCUUGGAGUUCAGAUUCUAGCCUGUGCCUUGGCAGCUUCCAUCCUUCGAAGGCAUCUCAUGGUCUGGAAGGUGUUUGCCCCCAAGUUCAUCUUUGAAGCCAUUGGUUUCAUUGUGAGCAGUGUGGGGCUGCUCCUGGGCAUAGCUUUGGUGAUGCGAGUGGAUGGCGCUGUGAGUUCCUGGUUCAGAAGACUAGUUCUGGCCCAGCAGAGGUAGCCCAGGCUGAGCAUGUUGGCACCUGGCCAUGGAGAGAGGUGGAGAAUCAUCUGGCCAGACCUGUACUGGUGCUGGAUAUUCCGCAAGAGAGACUCAGACACACCCCUUACCACCGUGUAACCAGAAACUGCUUACACUGGGACUUCAUCAUUUUAUAAUUCAGAAUCACUGUGGAGCCUGAGCCCUAGCGCCUUAUGUGGAUGCAUCUGAUGGACUACAGGGUCGGUCACCAAAGUGGAAUAAAAUAACAAUGUAAGCGUGUGUGUCUAAGAUGGAGAGGAACUGGCCAAGUCAGUCUCUUCUCUCGCCAAGCAGGAUUAGAUGUGCCGAGAACUCUGGUGAGAAGCUGUCUGGAUUCGCUGACUUCUUCCCAAAUGUUCUAGUUAUUCCAUUUGUCCUGCCCUCCUCCUUGUUCGUUUGUUUUUGGGCAUUCUGUGCUUUAACUGAUAGCAGAGGAGACAAGCCCAGCAUCAUGAAGCACACAGACUUCUGUGUUUGAAGCCUUAAACAGCACCGUUGCUUCUUCUGGUACCCUUUCCCCUGCACAACUGUAGAAGCCUCACCUAGUUUUCAGCCAGUGCUAUCUUUACCACAUCUACUUGCCUAUUCCCAGGUUAAAGCCAAAAUGGAAUGGA